CAUGGAUCCUUUCCACGUAACUUUACAGCAAGAGAUAGAUUUACUGAAGAAUUUGAACCACAAAAAUAUUGUGAAAUAUCUUGGAUCCUUAAAGACUAAGAGUCACCUCCACAUAAUUCUUGAAUAUGUGGAAAAUGGCUCACUAGCAAACAUUAUCAAACCAAAUAAAUUUGGACCCUUUCCAGAAUCACUGGUUGCGGUUUACAUUUCACAGGUUUUGGAAGGCUUGGUAUAUCUACACGAACAGGGUGUAAUUCAUCGGGACAUCAAGGGUGCUAAUAUAUUAACAACUAAAGAGGAAUGA